AUGUCGGCUCCUCGAAGCAUCGCAGGAGCCCUACGAAGGGCCGGCGUGCCCCGACGUCGCCUCCUACCUAGGCCCUCGAUUGCGCCGAUCGCCAUCAACAGCUGCAAAUCCCGUCCAUUCAGUAUCACAUCGGUAACCGAAGCCGACGCCCCCAAAAAGAUCCAAUUAACCGCCGCAGCAUAUCCGCAGAUCAAGCGCGAAUCAAAGUUCGCAGAGGUGACAGAAGAACAUGUCAAAUUCUUCAAAGAGCUUCUGGGCUCAGACUCCGCGCUCGUCGAUGGCGUGACUGCCGAUGCGACGGACGACCUCGCCCCCUUCAACAGUGACUGGAUGCGCAAAUACGGUGGGCAAACGAGACUGGUGCUGAAGCCAGAAAAUACACAGGAAGUCAGCAAGAUAUUGAAAUACUGCAAUGAGCACAAAUUGGCCGUGGUGCCGCAGGGUGGAAACACAGGCUUGGUGGGAGGCUCCGUGCCCGUGUUUGACGAGAUCGUUAUCAACACGGCGCGCAUGAACAACAUUCGCUCAUUUGAUGAGGAAUCGGGUGUCUUUGUUGCUGAUGCGGGUGUGAUUUUGGAAGUCGCCGACUCGUACCUUGCUGAACGAGGCUAUCUUUUCCCAUUGGAUCUGGGUGCAAAGGGAUCUUGCCAUAUUGGUGGAAACGUCGCAACUAAUGCCGGAGGACUUCGUCUCCUUCGAUAUGGUAGUCUUCAUGGUAAUGUUUUGGGGUUAGAAGCUGUUCUGCCAGAUGGGACUAUUGUGGAUAGUCUGUCAAAGCUCCGCAAGAACAAUACUGGUUACGACUUCAAACAGUUAUUUAUCGGUGCUGAGGGAACUAUUGGCAUCAUUACUGGGAUUUCCAUUAUCUGCCCACCCCGCGCAAAGGCAGUCAAUGUUGCAUACUUUGGGUUGGAAAGCUUUGACCAUGUCCGCAAGGCAUUCCGCGAAGCCAAGGGUCAAUUGUCUGAGAUUCUGUCUGCCUUUGAAUUGAUGGAUGGCAGAAGUCAAGGUCUUGUGCGAGAGUCUACUGGUAACAAGCAACCUCUGGAAGGAGACCACCCAUUCUACUGCCUGAUAGAAACCAGCGGCUCCAAUGCCGAACAUGACAUCGCAAAGCUCGAGGCUUUCCUUGAACAUGUCCUGGGAGAGGGUAUCGUCGCGGACGGUGUUCUCGCUCAAGAUGAGACACAGAUCCAGUCACUCUGGCGCUGGCGCGAGGGUAUUACGGAAGCCCUCAGUCAUCUCGGCGGAACCUACAAAUACGAUGUCUCCAUUCCAUUACCAGAACUCUACCAACUAGUCGAAGACUGCAAGGCUCGUCUUACCGAGAAGGGACUCGUCGGCGACGAUGAUUCUUAUCCCGUUCGCGCAGUUGUUGGUUACGGGCACAUGGGAGACUCGAAUCUGCACUUGAACGUUUCGGUCAGACAGUACAACAAGGAAGUCGAGAAGGCAAUUGAACCUUGGGUCUACGAAUGGAUCGCCAAGAGGAACGGCAGCAUCAGCGCGGAGCACGGGUUGGGAGUUGCAAAGAAGGAGUUCAUUGGGUACAGCCAAAACGAGACGAACGUGAAGCUUAUGAAGCAGCUGAAGAAUCUCUAUGACCCGAACGGAAUCAUGAACCCGUACAAAUAUAUCUGA